CAGAAACUUGCCCAACUCAGUGAGAAUGAAUAUUUUAAAAUCUACAUUGAUAGUCUAAUGAAGAAGUCAAAACGAGCAAUAAGACUCUUUAAAGAAGGCAAGGAGAGGAUGUAUGAAGAACAAUCACAGGACAGAACGUGGAGAUGGUGAUGAGUCACCUUGGGCCAUGUGGAGGACAGCAAUGGCAUAGGAAUGGCAGAACUUCAAGGGAGGAGGAGCCUUGUCACUGACCAUCUUAGAGACCAGACCUGCUGUACUUAUAGGUGAGAGGGUAGUAAACAUCCAUCUGAGCCACUAUUAUUCUGUAUCUCUGGCACACACAGACAAAAAACUACAUGCUUAAAAUACACCAUGGUUCUUCAAGUAUUCACCAUUUCUGCUCCAUUAUUUUGAGAGUUAAGUUUCAAAUUUGUGUAAUAGUAAUAAGUGAGGGCAUGGCCCUGUGAAAUAAAGCUUUAGUAACUACACCUUGCUUAGCUAAAAGCAAGCACUAAAUUCAUGCUAAUUAGGAUCUUUAAUAUUAUAUUGUUGUGAUUUAUAUUAUGCAGUUAUUCUACAUGAAACCAUUUUGUGACUGGCCCUAAUUCUGUUGGAUUUUAUGACCCAUUGAGGGUUAAAUAGAAUAUUAUCUGUUACUAGUCCAGAUUUCCUUUGUUUAUAGUCUUUGUGUCUGCCUUACUCUCCUUCCUUACUUAUCUUUAUCCCCCAUGUCUUGCCCUUCCCGUCUACAUUGGCUGGUGUCUGGGGAAGCUCUGAUGCAGCUCUGCCUGGCCAGUUCACCAGAGCUCUCAGACCUUUGUAGAGACCGGGUGCCUGGCAUCAUUCCUGAGCACACACACUGGUGAAAUUCAGUUACUUGCUUAGGAGUUUGUGGGCUUAUGUUAUAAUGGAUGGAAACAUGCCCUGUAUUUUGUGACCUUUUAGACCAAGUAACAAAACUUACAAGAAAUUGUGAAUGUCAUAGGAACCAACCUCUAUGUAGGAGAUGAGUACUAGAGGAAAAAAAAAGUUUCAUAAAGAUGAGUGAGAGAUCUUCAGUAAGCAUUGUUUAGGUUGUCAUUUUCAGUCCAAAAGGCAACUUACAUCAUUUCACUGGGGAGGAGAUACAGCUUCUUUGAAUGAUAUGAUCUGCUCCCAUGUUACUUAGUUAUAUCACAUUUUAUUGAAAUACUCAGUCCCUGCAGAAUCAUUGUAAAUUACGUGUGAAGCUCUUAAGUGUGCAAGCUGAAAGAAGGGCAGUACUGUACUACAAGAACAGUGCGCAUCCUUCUGGUGGUGGCCUUUCCAAGCUCUCUCUGGCUGUGCCUAAUUCCAUCACAUUCUGUAUGCAUAGAUGUAACUGCUUACAAAUACCAGAUAUCUUGCAUUAAGGAAAACUAGGGAAUGGCCACAUGUAAUCUUCCUUGCCUGUGAUUCUUCCACAUUUUAAAAUUUAUUUUGUAUAUGAAUGUAAAAGUAGAGGGAAGAUUUCCUUCCAUAUCAAUGUACACAACUUUUUGGCACCACAGUCCAUGUCCUGAUCAUAAGAGCAGUAUUGGAAGUCCCUUAUUUGAUGAGCCAUGUACGUACCCUUGUUCCUCUGUUUAUUUUUUAAAAACUGCUAUAUCAAGACUUUCACUCUGAUCUGACUCUUGUAGGAGACACAUCCUUGUAGAUGUCAGUAUUAGUCUUCAUAGCACGCUCCAGCAUUUGCAGGGAACUUUCUGCCAUGUUUUUCCACUCCACAUGUUCUGGGAAACUGUGAUUCUUACCUCAUUAACUUCACUCUCAGGGACUGUAACCACUAUUCCACUCAACCAUGUGUGUCCCUGGCCAAGCUUUGCUGCUAUCUUUGGAAUCCUUAAUGCCAAAAUCUCAUUCUGCAAACCACCUCCAAACCUUCCACCUCUUUUAUUUCCUUGUUCCCAUGAAAUCUGCUCUUAAACUUCAUUGGUAUUCUCUGCUAUUGCUAUUCCAUUCUUCUGGCCUCUUGAUUCUCUUCAGGCUUCACUCAUUUCCAUACCCAGUUUGGAUCUCAUUAAUCAUUAACCAGACAGAUCUAAGUUCAAGCUCUAGCUCUCCGAGUUACUAAUUAUAACUUAACUAAUUUAACCUGACUUUUCUGCAUCUUAGUAUCCUUCCUUGUAAGAAGAAUAUUGUAAUAUCCAUCUAGUGGAGUGGUUGAGAGUAUAUAGAAAAAUAUUGGUUGACUGCCUAAAGUAGUUCAAGGCAAUUGGUGGUUAUUCAUGGAAGAUGCUUCUAUCUUUAAUAUUAUUUGAGAGAAUGGUAGAAGAUGAAAAGGUGAAUGAAGUUGGGAACAAAGCAAGGGAAGAUUAAGAAAUAUAGACUUGAUCUUAUAAAAGCUGUGGAGAACCAUUGUAGGCUCAAUUCACAGGAAAGGUUACUCUAAUUCAGCUUAUGUGAUAGUGGUAAAGACUACAGAACAGAAUAAGGAAUUUGUUGGAUUAUAUACUGAAGCUAUGGUGUUCCCAGGUUAGUGUCUUGUUUAAUAUUUUAUUUCUUUUUAAAGUAGAUCAUGUUUUAUACUGUAUUGCUGCAUGGCUUUAUUACUUCUUUAUAAAUGACUUAAUAGAGCAUAUUUUAUGUGUGAUAAAUGUGAGUUCAUUUCACUGGUCAAGAAGUAAUGGAUUUCUUUUGAAGUAUCUGCUAUCUUGUUGCCCUAAUUGAGUUGUGCCAUGAACUUGAAUCUCAUGAACAAAAUUGGGGACAUAUAGAGCCAUUUAGAAGCCCAAUGUGCUUGGCUUUAAAUUGCAAAAGCAUUUGGAUUUAUUGUUUAGGUGCUUAAUUCAAGCAAUCUUCUCAAGAAUUUAAAUCUUAUUAAGUCAGUUUUCUCUAAUUUCCAUGAAUUCAUAUUAUCAGAAUACUCUCAAGGAUGCCAUUCAGAUUUGAAAUGAAAUAUGAGUGGAAAUAAUUGUAGUUAACUUGUGCAAUGCAUUGUUUUUUAUCCUAGAAAGUGAAUGCUUAACAUCAGCCUAGGCUGGUGACAUAAUACCUUCUUAAACUGCUAUCUUCACGCCUUUUCACCUGGAACCAUCUAGAAUUUCAACUAAUGGCAAAGCAUUUUGUGUCUUUAAAAUAAUUCAGUGAGGAGUUGUUUUUAAUCUGAAAACUGAGGCACAAGAUGCAUAGCAGUAAAAUCUGCUAUUGUUAAUUUACUUUACUCUCAAAUUUGUAUUAAGUAAUUUAUUUAUUCAUUGGUUCCUUCAACAUCAUUUGUUGAGUACCUAGUCUGUCCUGGACCUAUUUUAGUCACACAGGAUAAUUAUGAAUUAUUAAACCUGAUUCCUCUUCUAUAUGGAUUAGAGAGCAGACAGAAAAUAUCAGGAAAACUUAACAAUACCUACAUUUUGCUUUGAAUGUUUCUUUCCUUUUCCUUUUCCAUCUCCCCUUUGUCCUCUUCCUUUCCCCUUUCCAUUCCAGCUUCUCCUUUCUCCUCCCAUCUCAUGGCUCAAGGAGAUGAGAAAAUGGGAUUUGGAGUGGAAGAUUGGCUUAAGGAAAUGGUUUUCUCACCCUGGGUUUGAAUCUUGGCACAUUGUCAGACGAAAUCUCACGAAACUGUCCCUUAUCUUCAGUCAUAUGCUGGCAGAAAUCAAAGCAAUCUUUCCCAAUGGGCAAUUCCAGGGAGAUAACUUUCGUAUUACCAAAGCAGAUGCUGCUGAAUUCUGGAGGAAAUUUUUUGGAGACAAAACUAUUGUACCAUGGAAAGUAUUCAGGCAGUGCCUUCAUGAGGUCCAUCAGAUUAGCUCUGGCCUGGAAGCAAUGGCUCUGAAAUCAACAAUUGAUUUAACUUGUAAUGAUUACAUUUCAGUUUUUGAAUUUGAUAUUUUUACCAGGCUAUUUCAGCCUUGGGGCUCUAUUUUACGGAAUUGGAAUUUCUUAGCUGUAACACAUCCGGGUUACAUGGCAUUUCUCACAUAUGAUGAAGUUAAAGCACGACUACAGAAAUACAGCACCAAACCUGGAAGCUACAUUUUCCGGUUAAGCUGCACUAGAUUGGGACAGUGGGCCAUUGGCUAUGUGACAGGGGAUGGCAAUAUCUUACAGACCAUCCCACAUAAUAAGCCCUUAUUUCAAGCCCUGAUUGACGGGAGCAGGGAAGGAUUCUAUCUUUAUCCUGACGGAAGGAGUUACAAUCCCGAUUUAACUGGUUUAUGUGAACCUACACCCCAUGAUCAUAUCAAAGUUACACAGGAACAAUAUGAAUUAUAUUGUGAAAUGGGCUCCACUUUUCAGCUCUGUAAAAUUUGUGCUGAGAACGACAAAGAUGUCAAGAUUGAACCUUGUGGGCAUCUGAUGUGCACCUCGUGCCUUACAGCCUGGCAGGAAUCAGAUGGCCAGGGCUGCCCCUUCUGUCGCUGCGAAAUAAAAGGAACAGAGCCCAUCAUCGUGGACCCAUUUGACCCGCGAGAUGAAGGCUCCAGGUGCUGUAGCAUCAUUGACCCCUUUGGCAUGCCCGUGCUGGACUUGGACGAUGACGAUGACCGUGAAGAGACCUUGAUGAUGAAUCGGUUGGCAAAUGUUCGAAAGUGCACUGACAGGCAGAAUUCACCAGUCACAUCGCCAGGAUCCUCUCCCCUUGCACAGAGAAGAAAGCCACACCCAGACCCUCUCCAGAUCCCACAUCUAAGCCUGCCACCAGUGCCACCUCGCCUGGAUCUCAUUCAGAAAGGCAUAGUUCGGUCUCCCUGUGGCAGCCCAACUGGUUCGCCAAAGUCCUCUCCUUGCAUGGUGAGAAAACAAGAUAAACCACUCCCGGCACCACCUCCUCCCUUAAGAGAUCCCCCUCCGCCUCCACCUGAGAGACCUCCCCCGAUCCCUCCAGACAAUAGACUGAGUCGGCACUUUCAUGCUGCGGAGAGCGUGCCCGCCAGAGACCAGCCGACGCCUCUCGAAGCCUGGUGCCCUCGGGAGGUGUUCGGCACUAAUCAGUCCGCGGGAUGCCGACUCCUAGCGGAUGGCUCUCCAAAGCCCGGGAUCACAGCCGGUUCAAAUGUAAAUGGACGGCACAGUAGAAUGGGCUCUGACCCAGUGCUUAUGCGGAAACACAGACGCCAUGAGUUGCCUUUAGAAGGAGCAAAGGUCUUUUCCAAUGGUCACCUGGGAAACGAAGAAUAUGAUGUUCCUCCCCGGCUUUCUCCUCCUCCUCCAGCUUCCACCCUUCUCCCUAGCAUCAAGUGUACUGGUCCAUUAGCAAAUUCCCUUUCAGAGAAAACAAGAGACCCAGUAGAGGAAGAUGCCGAUGAAUACAAGAUGCCUUCAUCCCACCCUGUUGCCCUGAAUCCGCAACCAUCUCAUUGUCAUAAUGUAAAGCUCCCUCUUAGGUCUUGCGAUAAUGGUCACUGUAUAUUAAAUGGAACACAUGGUACAUCUUCAGACAUGACAAAAUCAAACAUCCCUGAGUUAGGCAUAUAUUUAAAGGGAGAUGUUUUUGAUUCAGCCUCUGAUCCAGUGCCAUUACCACCUGCCAGGCCUCCAACUCGGGACAAUCCAAAGCAUGGGUCUUCACUCAACAGGACGCCCUCUGAUUAUGAUCUUCUCAUCCCUCCAUUAGGUGAAGAUGCUUUUGAGGCCCUCCCCCCAUCCCUCCCGCCUCCCCCACCCCCUGCAAGGCACAGUCUCACCGAACAUCCAAAACCUCCUGGCCCCGGUAGCCGGCCACCCUCAGGACAGGACCUCUUCCUUCUUCCUUCAGAUCCCAUUUUUGAUCCAGCAAGUGGCCAAGUUCCUUUGCCUCCUGCUAGGAGAUUACCAGGUGAACAUGUCAAAUCCAAUAGAACAUCACAGGACUAUGAUCAGCUUCCUUCAUCUUCAGAUGGUUCACAAGCACCAGCCAGACCUCCUAAACCACGACCCCGCAGGACUGCACCGGAAGUUCACCACAGAAAACCCCACGGGCCCGAGGCAGCAUUGGAAGACGUAGAUGCAAAAAUCGCAAAACUCAUGGGAGAGGGUUAUGCCUUUGAAGAAGUGAAGAGAGCCUUAGAGAUAGCCCAGAAUAAUGUCGAAGUGGCUCGUAGCAUCCUUCGAGAAUUUGCCUUCCCCCCUCCAGUCUCCCCACGUCUAAAUCUAUAGCAACCAGGACUGUAAACACCAAAAUGUAAAGCAUUCCAUGAAUAUUCCAGUAGUGUGGAAAGGAGAGAAGCGAGAUGGAAUUCUGGAGAGGGGGUGUCUCCUCUUCACGUGGCAUCUUGAGAAGAAAGAGGCUUGGAAGCGCUGCUUCUCAGAAGACUUGCUCAGGAUGUCAGCGGGUGCGGCUUCCUUAUUUUUGCUAGCCAUACUUUUAAAUCAGGGUUGAACUGACAAAAAUAAUUUAAAGACGUUUACUUCCCUUGAACUUUGAAUCUGUGAAAUGCUUUUUCCUUGUUUACAAGUUGGCAGAACUGCAGUUUGUUUUUGUUUUGGGUUUUUGGUUUUGUUUUUGUUUUUUUUAAUACCUGUACUGUGUUCUUGAUGGACCCUUUGUGGAGUGGUCAGGUCUGCUGUACCAUUUCCCUUCAGCUCCCUUGCUGUGCACAUCAGCAGCUGCAUCACAUACUCAUUUUGAUCUCUCCCGUCACGCCCACCCCCCACUACCACUGAGGUCCGAUACCAUUUCUCCCAUUUACAAGAUGCUUUAAAAGUUCUGAUUUUCAACAUAUCAAACUAAUGCAAAAAAAAGUGUGUGGCCUUCACUACUGAGUCUUUUCAUUAGAUACCAUCGCUGUUGAGAGAUGGGAAAAAUCUGAAUGUAUAAAGCAUUUUUUUUGUCAAUUAACUGUCUUUUAUAAGGGGUUUUCAUAUAAUAUAGAGGAGCGUCCCUUUUUAGUCUAAGUUUUGUGAUCUUUAAUUUGCCAUGUUCUAGUCCUCGUCAUCCCAGGGGUAUCACAACUCUGAAAACUUUCUAUACUAGAGAACAGCUACUGCAGGUGCAGGGGGAAUCCACUUGCCCUUGACAAUGCUGUACUAGAGUUAUACAAGGAGGCCCCCCGAUGCUGAUGCCUGCAUUACUUUGGGGCAUGCUGAAUAAGAGGGCCAUCUUCCUGAAAUAUAUUAAUAACUGCCAGAUGAAAUUAUGGUCUUCCCUCCCCAAAAAUGGAGAAGAAAGCAUUUCCUAAUUGAGUCAUUACACGCUGGUACCUAACUGGCUUAGGAACCAGCACAUACAGCGGUGGAAACGUUCGAUCUUGGAUGCACUAUUAAGUGUUGAUGCUACUGUGGCAAAAAUGGUUUUUGUUUUUUUUUUCCAAAGUUCUUAGUGAUUUUCUCUCUGCAAUCAAAUUAGACCUCAUAUUUAAUUUGUAGAUGAUCUCAUUCAUUGCUCCACAUUGCUCCAUCCAGUCAGGUGAAAGAAAUUUAUGUAGUUUUGCCUUUUUUGCAAAAUGGAGGUUGAUUCUUCAGAAACCAUGUUACUACUUUUAAUACGUCAACAAAUAUUUAUUGAAAAUCUAUGAUGAGCUUGGCACUGUUAGCCACUAUGUUUUAAAAGCACAAACUAUUGCAAGCUGACUCCAGUAUAAUGUUUUGUUAUUCUUUAUCUGCGCUUUUAAUGGUGAAAGUCUCUCUGAUGGACAAAGCCUGCAAGGUUUCCACCACAGCUUCAAAAUUUUCAAGAAAUUUGCUUUUUUUUUUUUCUAUUUUUAAGUCAGUGGAGAAAUGAGACAAAAUCAGGUAUGUGUAAAAUGACUGAACCCACAGAGGGUUUUCUAAAUAUGGACUAAUUUCAGGUUUGUGCACUUUUCUACCACUGCUCUCUUAACUUGAGCGUGAUGUAAAAAGAUGCAUUUGAUAGUGAGCCUCUUUGGGAUCUGAAAGGACACGACCAAACAUCUAACAGGUCCCAUGGAAGUCAAUGUUGUACAAGAUUUGUGUAGUUGCCAAGUUGACCUGGGGAGGGGAACUAAUGCAUUACUUUGCAAAGGGACACAUGCCCUUACUUGACAGUUUGACUAUCAUGCUAUGAGUACUUGAGGAAUCACAGGCUGUGGGUAGUUUGUGCUGAUAUUUUAAUUUCUUCAGGUGAUUCUGAGCUGGUUAAUGUCCCUGGAGGAGAAUUUCUAAUUUACCUUAGAUGUUCUUCCUGUGAAUAGGUAUAUGAGUGCAGGGUUUUUU